AUGGGGACCGUGACACUGGUAUUGUCCCUGCUGGCUGUGGCUCUCCUGUGCCCAGCCACUGCCACACUGCGUGUCGGUGCCUUCAACAUCCAGGCGUUUGGUGACACCAAGAUGUCCAACAAGGAAGUGGCUGGGAUCAUCAUCAACAUCCUGCGCCGCUACGACGUGGUGCUGGUGCAGGAGGUGCGUGACUCCGACCUCAGCGCCGUCACCGAGCUCAUGGAGCAGCUCAACAGUGCAUCCAAAUCUCAAUAUGACUAUGAGAUCAGUGGCCCCCUGGGACGGGAGAACUACAAGGAGAUGUACCUCUUCAUCUACAGAACAGAUGUUGUGUCCGUGGUGGACACCUACCAAUACAAGGACCCCCAGGAUGUCUUCAGCCGGGAGCCGUUCAUCCUGAAGGUCUCAGCAUCCCACACCAAGGUAGAGGAGUUUGUGCUGGUGCCCCUGCAUUCAGCCCCACAUGAUGCUGUUGCUGAGAUUGAUGCGCUCUACGAUGUCUACCUGGCCAUCGUCAACAAGUGGGGAACUGAUAACAUCAUGUUCCUGGGGGACUUCAAUGCCGACUGUGCCUAUGUCCACUCGAGGGACUGGUCAGCCAUUCGCCUGCGCACCAGCGACGUCUUCAAGUGGCUGAUCCCUGACAGUGCUGACACCACCGUGGGGAAGUCAGAUUGUGCCUAUGACAGGAUCGUGGUGUGUGGUGCCAAGCUGAAGAGAAGCAUUGUGUCCAAUUCAGCUGGGAUCUACAACUUCCAGCGUGACUUCCAGCUGGACCAGGAAGAGGCCCUGGCAGUCAGCGACCACUACCCAGUUGAGGUGAAGCUCUCAGCUUGA